CUGGUCCUCUGGUGUUCAAGUCUUCUGAUGAUCUGAAGAUCCUACAGGGUUGACGUUACAUUAUUCAGCAUCACUGAAGUUAUUGACGUUUCCGUUCAUUAACGUACAGUCGGUGUGAAUCAGUUUUAUCUCUCUGCGUUGCUUACAACUCUGGAUGAUAACUCCAGGUCAUCACAGUGAGUGCGGGCUCAGUGCGGGUUUGCACUGAUCUGACAGUGCGUGGACUGGCUGGGAGAGAGCUCUGGACGCAGUUAUGCGCGGAUCUAAGUCUGCGCAGCCUGGGAUAACCCCCCCUCCUCCCUCCCUUCAGAUUAGCGCUUGACCCGCAGGAUUUGUCGGAGAGGCACCUGAUUCACCGGCAGCGACACGCCGACUCAGAGCAGACGGAAUGAUCUAGAUUCAUAUUCAUGUUCUUCUGGAGACCUUUCCACGAGCUUCUCCUCCUCGGACGCUUUUUACGCACGCACAACUCCAGGACGCGCUCUCCAAGUGACCAAACUGGAGCCAUGGCUGGUUUUACGCACGGUGCAAGUGUUCCUGCAGCGGAGUCUACAUUUCUCAUUAGUCACCAGAGGUCUGAUAAUGUGUGAUAUUCCUGCUGCCGGUGAAAACCUCUAAUCCCUCCCUGAUUACCGCGCACAGAUGGAUUGCGUCCUGCCGGCCAGCCGUCUGACACCAGGGCCUAGUCGAAUUAAUUUAACCGCUAUGCUCACGUCUUGAUUGCUGAAUUGAACCCACUCAGGGCAGUCCAGUCGCAGCUUCUUCCCUCCACCCUGGUGCCACAAUGAGGAGAGCUGUACUGAAAGAAGCCGCCAAACGCUUCCCCUGGCUGGCCAACGUCACUCUGUACGGGUGCUUAUUCGCCGGUGGUGACCUUGUCCAUCAGCUCAUGGCUCAGAAGGAGCGCAUGGACUGGAAACACACUCAGAACGUGGCUAUUGUGGCAAUCAGUUUCCAUGGAAACUUCAAUUACUUUUGGCUGAGAGCUCUUGAGAGGCGGUUCCCCGGGAAGUCUGCCGGGAUGGUUUUCCGCAAACUCCUGCUGGACCAAAGCUUUGCGUCGCCUUUGGGCACGAGUGUCUUCUACACGGGAGUGAGUUUCUUGGAGGGUAAGGAGGAUAUCUUAGAAGACUGGAGGGAGAAGUUCUUCAACACCUGGAAGACUGGACUCAUGUACUGGCCCUUUAUGCAGUUCCUGAACUUCGUCCUGAUGCCGCUGUACAUGCGAACGGCUUUCAUGGGCUGCUGCGCCUUCCUCUGGGCCACCUUCCUGUGCUUCUCCCGGCAGAGCGGCGACGGCACCGCCGCCGUGGCUCUGGCCUUUGUCAUGGACCCCCGUAAGACCCUGGAGGAGAUGCGUGAGGCCCGUCUGGCCCGGAAAAAGCAAAAGAUCCAGAGGGAAAACUAAAGAAAGCAGCAGCAGGAGGAAGAAGAAGAAGAAGAAGAAGAGGAGAGGGACGCUGCGUCUGUCUUUCAGGCCUUCGGUUGCAGGACAGAGGAGCCACAAACUGAGAGCAGAGCUGAGGAUCAUCAUCACUGAUUACAUUCAUCUAAAAUUUGAAGUUGAAGCCGCAGAUGUGUUGACAUUUCCUUUCUGUGUUGACAUGACACCUUUAUGCUGCCUAAAUUCUGUAUUG